CUGCGAGCGGCGCCUCCAAUAUUGCCAACCGAGAAGAAUUUCCGACAGUUCUCCUCUGGAUACGCCUUCUCAUCUUUUAGAUCUCUUUUCAAACGACAUGGGGAAAAAUUGUCGCACGCCCCCUGAUCCUUAUGGUCAGGGAUGCCCCGGGAAGAAGGCAUGGCCAGAGCUGGUAGGGUUCAGGGCGGACUUGGUGGCGAAGAGGAUACAGACCGAGAAUUUUUACGUCACCAACAUCGUCAUUUUGGCUACGAGUGCUGCCCUCGCUGGUGCUGGUCUCGCUGGGGAACCUCCCCAUAUCAUGCAGGUUGAGUGCUGCAACCGAGUCUAUCUUCUUGUUGAUGAGAAUAACAAUGUGGUGAAUGUCCCCUCUCUGGGUUGAUGCAUGCCAUCCAUCUUCUUCUUCUUAUGUUGCGCAUCUUGGAUUUGACUCCAAAUUAGUAAUAAUGAAACGAGUAAGUCUUUUCUGAAGACCAAAAAACGAAUAAGCGUUUUCUUUGUUUUUCUUCUUCUUCUAAUGACCGAGAUGCGUGUCUUGUGUCUUGAUUA